GGAAAGUCCGAGAUUCUGGAACUUCAUGUCUUGAUGGGCUUUUGUUGGUUGUUGGGUGUUUAGUGAUCAGGACUGAAGGGGUUUAGGCUGAUUGUGCAGGUGCUUUCUUCAGUUUGGCUUCACUCGUGGGGGCGAGGUGAGAAGUGAAGUGAAAAAGGGUGGUGAAUGGGCGAGUGAUCCGGCGAGCAAACAACUUGUGCAGCGACUACAUUUUCACCAGCCAUGACGACCAGCGCUACAGUCAAGAAAGGAUCGGACAUUCGUGUGCCCGCUCGUACGCGUCGGCCACCAAGAUGAUGCGGCACUUCCUGCGCUCGGGACGACUAGCAUUCGGCAGCGCUCAGUCGAGUCAGUACGUGCGAGCGAUGGGCUCGAAAGCGAGGGGGGCGACAGCGAACGCGCCGGUUCUGUUGCCCGAGGAUCGACUCAUUGAAGAAGAGAGGGCGCCUGGCUACCGCGCCGAGCAAUUUCUGCAGGUGCAUCCGGGCGACGUGUUGAACGGCAAGUACGAGGUUCUGACGAAGCUGGGGUAUGGCCGCUAUUCUACGGUCUGGCUCACGAAGGAUCGUUCGCGAUGGUUCUGGCAGAAACCGGCAUACGCCACUGUCAAAGUCCAAACUGCAGCGCUUGCUACGAAGGAGUACGAGAAGCGACAGAACGAGGUCGAGCAGCGGCUGACCAGGAGCCCUGCGCACGACGGUCAUGGCUUCGUUCGACGCGCGACUCAUAACUUCACAGCCGAAGGUGUUGCAGGCCAGAAGCAUCUCUGUCAGGUCUUUGAGCCGAUGAGGGAGCCCAUAUCUUUUUGGCAGUCUCGCUUCCCCGAUGGCAAAGUGCCUGCGCCGCUCCUCAAGGUAUACGUCCGCUUCAUCUUACAUGGACUCGAUUACCUGCACUCGGAAUGCGAGGUGGUGCACACAGAUCUGACACCUCCCAACAUCAUGAUGAGCUUCGAGGACAAUUCCGUGCUGCCCGAAUACGUCAAAAAUCUCGGCCGAAAGCCAGUUGCGCAAAAGGUAGUGGGCGACCGCACGAUCUAUCAAUCGCAAGUCGAGUUUGGUCUUCUCAAGGAUAUCUGGUCAUGUCCUCAGAUCCAUGAUAUUGGCCAUGCUGAGGUCAUGGAACCAGGGCUCGGAUUUCGGCAUCCGUCCCAGCCUAAUCUAUACAGAGCUCCUGAAGUCAUGCUUGGGGUGGUAUGGGACUACAAAGUGGACAUCUGGAACCUGGGCGUCCUGAUUUGGGAGUUGCUGGAAGGCACUGAUCUUUUCGCACACACCAGAGAUGCACGCGGGAAAUACAGCACGCGGUGCCAUCUCGCAAACAUGAUCGCAUUUCUGGGUCCACCUCCACCCAGCCUGUUGCAAGUGGAGCGGAGGUGCAGAGAUAUACCACUUCCCUACGGAGUCACAGAUGAUGACGGAGAGACGCAUCGUACCUUUGUCGGACUUUACCACGGGCCAUUUUUCCUUGAAGACGACUCGUUCGCUUUCCCAGAUUUGUUGCCGCCAAACCUGUCACUCGAAGGUAGCAUCACGGCGCUGGACGGGGAGGACAAAUUGGCCUUCAUCGACUUCAUGAAGCAGAUGUUGUGCUGGGACGCUGAGGACCGCAAGACCGCAAAGGAGCUGCUGACGCACCCCUGGCUGGUCAAUGAGCCGGAGCAGUAA